AUGACAACACCAGGAAGAACCGAGUAUCCGCAACAAAUCGCACCUACGAACUGGUCUGAUUCUCAACUUCAUCAAAUGUCACGAUCAAGUGGUUGGAAUACUGAUUUAAAUCAUCCACUGAAUUCACAAGUGAGCAUUUCACAAGUUAACACACCGCAGUUCAGACCAUCAACUACUGCUCAGAUGGCCCGAUCGAAUGAUUGGAACUCUUCCAAUCAUUUGGGCAGCAUUGAAAUGAACCAAAAUAAAAACACAAACUCACAAUUCAGUUUUUCCAAAGUAUGUGAAAAAAUGACAUCAACGAAAUUGGUAUUCUUACUGGUUGGAUUUAUUCUGUGUGCUAUACCAUUAAGCAUUUUUGUAACACUUUGGAUCAAUUCGAGCGCAUCAUCGGCUACAACUUCAACUGCAUCAGCGACUGACACGACAACUACAUUGCCAACGCAAUGUUAUGCUUACACGACUAUCAACGAUGCAUAUCGAAAUUAUGUCAAUGGUUAUGGUUGUUGCUAUACACCAUUUGAUACCAUCUCAUAUAUAGCUUCCGGUUGGUAUCGUAUUACAGGAUCUGCAGGUUCAAAACUUCUCACGACUGCUGUCACAACCACGAGUAUUUGUGGUGCCAGCUAUCCUGGUUAUUUUAAUGGAACAUUACCAGCCACAGCUGGUACAUCAGUAUCAGGAACUGUUUGCUUUUACACAGGAGCUGUAUGCGCUUAUUCAUUAGCACCGAUUGUGGCGACUAACUGCAAUAGUUAUUAUGUUUUUUAUUUAAUAGCAACAAGCAGCACAAGCUACAAAUACUGUACAACAACCUAA